CGAAGUGGGCGAGAAAUUCUUUUUUGACGAGCAAACCUCGCGCGAUAUAUAUUGUGAUAUAUUUUUUUUGGGAUUCUCCUGCCGUCCACUGCAAAAUAUAAUAUUUUCACGCGCCACUGUGAUUGUGUGUUUUUGUGCUGUGCAAACUUGGUUGCCGUCAAGCGUAAAAAUAUAAAAUAAAUGUGAAUAUACCAGCAAAACUCAUUGCACGAUCUCUGAAAACCCCUGAAAAACAUGAAUAGUUCUAAAGCAUAAAGGGGGAACAAUUUGUGAAAAUAAUCCAAAGCGUUUGAAAUUUGUGCGACAAAGAAAAAGGAGCAGCUGAAGGCACUUCGACGACAUGCAGCGGCCAAACUUCGGCUCAAUUAUGCGCGCAAUCAAAGCAACUUAAUUACUCCAGAACUCUCCGGCGACAACACACAGAGGCGCAGAAAUAUAGAGACCGCAAUCACAGAGCCAGUAGUCUAAUAGAGCAGCGCUGCGACUAUGCAAAUUAGCCAAACCAAUUCACAGAGACAGAUUGGUAAACAAAAUGACACUGAAAGCGCCAGCGCCAAACCCAGACCCGCAUCGCUCGAUUUGAUUGAAGUACCAGUUGCAAGAGAAGUUGUCAACAGUAUUCAAAUUAGCAGACGCGCUUGCCUGUUCCCAAUGCUCUUUCUGCUUUUCCUUAUUGGCCUCGUUUUCGGCCCCCAGGAUUGUGUUGCCGAUUGCCGCGAGGAGCCAGCCCGCGAUUGCGAGGCUAUUUGCGAUGCCAGUGGCAGGAACUGCACAAUUCGGGCAUUGGUUCUGCUGCCCGAUGACAAUAUGUACCAGGCCUCCCUGCCGCGUGUCCUGCCAAUUCUGAAAGUGGCCGAGCAGCAGAUCCGCUCCAAGUCCUUGAUACCUCCGCACAUCGAUUUCGAGUGGCUGGCCCACGACACCAAGUGCGAUGCCUCCCUCGGCGUGAUCAAGGCCAUGGAUGGCAUUAUCAAGCAGUGCGCCCAGGUGAUCUUCGGACCCGUCUGCGAUUACUCCUUGGCUGCAGUAAGCCGGAUUACCAAAUACUUCAAUAGCCAGGGCACCCCGCUCAUUUCGGUGGGAGGUUCCACCUACGACUUUGAACAAAAGAAAACCGAUUGUAAUGACGAAUUCUAUAUGCUCUUGCGAACAGGAAUGCUCAGUUUCGAGACCAUUUCCGAGCUGACCAUAAACGUGAUGAAGCGACACAACUGGUCGCAUUCAAUCUUCUACUAUGAACGGGAUGGCCAGCGGAGUGUGGCCGGAAUGCACACCUGCUUCCUCAUGAUGAAAUCCUUGGGAAAACAAAUGCGUAACGAGAACAUGACAUUCGCCCAGUUUCCACUCGAGCCCAACUUGACAAAUCGCACGGAGGAAAUGCGUCGAGAAAUUGGCAAUAAACAUGCAAUUGUGAUAAUGUGCGCCGAUCCGCAGUCGAUACGUCAAAUUAUGCUGACAGCCGAGGAGUUGAAUAUGAUCGAUAGCGGCGAAUAUGUUUUCAUCAAUAUUGAAUUAUUUUCGCGGGUCCAGUAUCUGACGUCGCAGCCGUGGUACGAUAAGAACGAUACGGAUUUAAAUAAUGAGCGCGCCCAGAAGGCCUACACGGCCAUGCUGACCGUAACCCCCAAACAGCCGAAUGAUAACGAGUACACCCGGGUCUCCAAUGAGAUCAAAGCCAUUGCCGCCGAGAAAUACAACUACACCUUCAGCGACAACGAGCCGAUUUCGGCAUUCGUCACCUCCUUCUUCGACGGCGUCCUGCUCUACGCCAAUGCCCUCAACGAGAGCAUCCGGGAGGAUCCGACGAUGCUCGCACGGCCCAUCAACGGCACCGACAUGGUGCGCCGCAUGUGGAACCGCAGCUUCACGGGCAUCACCGGCAACGUGACCAUCGAUGCCAACGGCGACCGGCUGUCGGCCUACUCGCUGCUGGACAUGAACCCCACCACCGGCAGAUUCGAGAUUGUGGCCCACUUCCUGCACAACCGCCUGGAGUUCGAGGCCAACAAGGAGAUCCACUGGGCAGGCGACCGGGAGGAGGCGCCUCCAGAUCGACCCAUCUGCGGCUACGAUGGCGCCCUAUGCCCCGACAAUUCCCUGCCUGGCUAUGCCAUCCUGUCCAUAGUCCUGGGCACCAUGGUGGUCGUAAUGGCCGUGUGUUUCUUCUUCGGCUAUCGCCACUACAUCGCAGAGGCGGAGAUUAACUCAAUGAGCUGGAAGGUGUCGCUGGAGGAUGUGAUGUUCCGAGAUGCAGCGGAGCGUGGCCUGAGAGGCUCCUUCCAUUCGCUGGUGAAGCAGAGCUCCCAGCUGACGCUGAUGUCCGAGGACAUGGUGUCCAUUAACGGAGACCGCCAAAUCUUCAUACCGGUGGGCAUGUUCCGCAAGAGCAAAGUGGCCAUAAAGCCAGUGGAGGUGGACAACGUUCAGGCCCUGCUGACCCGCAGCCUAAUGCUGGAGCUGAAGCGGAUGAAGGACUUGCAGCACGACCACUUGGUCAAGUUCUAUGGCGCCUGUCUGGAUCAGAGGCGUAGCUUCCUGCUCACCGAAUACUGCCCAAAGGGGUCGUUGCAGGAUAUCCUCGAGAACGAGCAGUUCCAGCUGGACUGGAUGUUCCGCCUGUCGCUGAUGCACGACAUCGUGCGUGGUAUGCAGUUCCUCCACAGCUCCGACAUUCGUUCGCACGGCAACCUGAAGUCCUCCAACUGCGUGGUGGACUCCCGAUUCGUGCUCAAGAUCACCGACUUUGGAUUGCACACCCUGCGGCGGACGAGAUUCGACUUGGAGAGUGAUGGGGGCAACUGCAACAGCCACGCCUACUGGAGCAAGCUCUUGUGGACUGCCCCCGAACUGCUGAGAGUGGAGCACAAUCGACCGCCGGAGGGAAGCCAGAAGGGCGAUGUCUACGCCUUUGGAAUCAUUGUUCACGAGAUAACCACGCGACAAGGACCCUUCUACCUGGGCAGGUGUGCGUACGAGAAAUCGCCACAAGAAAUCAUCGAACUGGUUAAGGGAUACAAUCCUCAUAGAAUGCAGAAACCAUUCCGUCCUGAACUGGAACCAAACGGUGAUACCAAGGCGGACAUCAACGGCAUAAUUCGUCGCUGCUGGGCAGAGGAUCCUGCCGAGCGUCCCGACUUUAAUACCCUGAAGUCAAUGAUACGCAGGUUUAAUAAAGACAACGAGACGGGAAACAUUGUAGACAACCUGCUGAAGCGCAUGGAACUGUACGCCAACAAUCUGGAGGAACUGGUGGAGGAGCGCACCCAGGACUACCACGAGGAGAAGAAGAAGUGCGAGAAGCUGCUGUACCAAUUGCUGCCGCAAAGCGUGGCCGCCCAGCUCAUCAGCGGACAGCCGGUGGUGGCGGAGACCUUUGACCAGGUGACCAUAUACUUCAGUGACAUCGUGGGCUUCACUGCCAUCUCGGCGGAAAGCACGCCCAUGCAGGUGGUGCAGUUCCUAAACGACCUGUACACCUGCUUCGAUUCCAUUGUGGAAAACUUUGAUGUGUAUAAAGUGGAGACCAUUGGAGACGCUUACAUGGUUGUGUCCGGACUGCCCAUUCGAAAUGGCAACCAGCACGCCCGGGAGAUCGCCCGCCUGGCACUGGCCCUCCUGGAGGCGGUGCACAAUUUCCGCAUCCACCAUCGUCCGGAGGAUCGGUUGAAGCUAAGAAUAGGCCUGCACACCGGAGCCUGUGUGGCCGGAGUGGUGGGUCUGAAGAUGCCACGCUACUGCCUGUUUGGUGACACUGUGAACACUGCCUCCCGCAUGGAGUCCAAUGGCGAGGCGCUCAAGAUCCACAUAAGUGAAACCACUAAGGCGGCGCUGGACGAGUUCGGCACCUUUGUGACCACCCGGCGGGGCUUUGUGCCCAUGAAGGGCAAAGGUGAGAUGCUAACCUACUGGCUGGAGGGCGAGGUGCCCCGCCCCAACUCCCUGAUCUCGCCCAGCAAGCUGAUGCUCACGCGUCGCUCCUCACUGAAGCAGCCGCAGCGCAGCCAGUCGCAUAAUCUGCACAAGCAGUACUCCGAGCUAGUGGUGGCCUCGCCACCGCCUCAGUUACCGCCACCUGCGAUAGCUCUGCCACCGCCACCGUCGCCGUCCAAGGAUUCGCCCAAUCUCCGCGUGAAACGCAAGAUCAGCUCCAGUUCACCCAAACUGAAUGGCGGCGGCUUUGACUACCACAAGACUGAGAACCACUAUCUGGAUACUGCGGCGGCGGCCCAGAGGAACUGCGACAUCUACAGCAGCCGCAGCCUGCGGGACAUGGAGGAGACCUCCGAUAGCUGGGAGCUGGCACACUUCCGGCUGCCGCUGAGCGGAGCACUCAAGAGCCACAAUCACCUCAAUAACAACAAUAGCCACGGCUAUGUGCACUCGAAUUCCAGCUCCAAUCUUAGCGGUAUCCUGCAACCACCGCCACUGGGUGUCCCACGGACCCGGCUGAAGCCCUCGCCCACGAUCUCAACGCUGCUGACGAGCGCCAGGAGUGAGGCCAAUGCCUCUCCAGGCCCAGAAACGGGCAGCAUGGGCAGUGGGCAGCAGAGGAUCAAGUUUGCUGAGGGGGACGAGACACCACUGCUGCCCACACCGCCGCCACUGUCUGCUCCUCCACCGAUUCCACAAAUGGUGGCCACCACUCCGCAACGGAGCGCCAGUGGCCAGAACAUUCCGGCGGACAGCAGCCACUACGGUUUUCUGGUGAAGAGCUACAAGCCGCAGUGCCCACCAGUGGCGGGCAGUGCCGUCACCCAACCACUGCUGGCCAAGAUCAACUCAUAGCUGUAUGGGGGGGAGUCGACUCCCUCUUCACUGUAAUCAUAUGCAUAUUAAAUGUACUUGUUUGUGAUAAUAAGUUAAACCCAAGUUGAACAAGUUAGUGGUUAGUCAAUAGUCGACCGAAUCAAAUUCGAAAUUCGUACGGGAAAUCUUCUAAAAUGUUUCCUAGCUUUUAAUCGCCCCUUCCCUUUACUCAUAAGUAGCGAAUUUUAUAUGUAACCGAACCUAAAAUCAAGACCUUAAAUCAAAAACAAAAUAAAACAGAAACACUAGAUGUAACUAGAAAUUUACUCCCAAUCAAUUUGUUUCUUGUGCUUUGAAUAUUCAUUCUCUCCAAACUCAAAAAAUUAGCUUAAAGUAGAUAUUACUUAAGGAUAAGCGUAGACAAUUUGUGAAAAUUUCUUGAAUGUAAAGUAUUAGAUGAACAUUGAAUAUUUAUUUUGAGAAUUGACGAAUAAAGAAAUCCAUAUAAUCAAUAAA